GAGGUCAUUCACAAGUUCUUUUUUUAUCCCAGCUGACUUUACGCUGGCAGGAAAAGCACACAACAAUGGUAGUGGCCAAACUCCAAUGAGUUAGUGUUGCGGGAUGCUAUACAACCGACGUCGUUAAUAAUUACCAAGGAUUAGUUACAGUAAUAAUUAGCUGGCUAGCGCUUCGAAGCUAAACUAACAUAACGGCACAGUAAUCCGUCAAACGGUCCACUUGACUUCAGCUGACGUCAACAGGUUCGUGAGCCCCUUGGUUUUCACUGCACUGCUGCUCCUCGUGGUGCUCUCCAGGCAGCAGAGCCAUGUCAGCACUGUGUUUUGGGGGCUGGUGUGUUGUGUCACUCCCACGAGGAAAGAGUGAAUGCAAUCGCCUCUUUACUUUGUCUCUUUGGAAAUAAAAACUUGACCUCUCCCUGCUGCAUGACACGGGGUCAGGAGCUGUCCCAGUCAUCUCACCUGAUCCGACACUCCAUCAUCUACUGAUCCUCUGAUCUGCCAGCAUGGCUAACUCAGACUCUGUCAAUGUCCGGGUCCUCUCUCUGAACUGCUGGGGGAUCCGCUACGUGAGCAAACACACUCUUCAGCGCUAUGCCAUGAUUGGAGAUAUGCUGUGCAAGGAAGAGCAUGAUGUUGUCUUACUGCAAGAGGUGUGGAGUGAGAAGGACUAUCUCUCCUUGAAAAAGAAACUUGCCUGUAGUCAUCCUCACUCUCAUCACUUCAAAAGUGGAGUCAUCGGCAGUGGACUGGCCAUUUUCUCCAAACACAGAAUCCAUGAGACGUUUCUAUACCGCUACUCACUGAAUGGUUAUCCCUACAUGGCUCAACAUGGCGACUGGUUUGGAGGUAAAGCUGUUGGGAUGGCGGUCUUAAAAUUCGGCAGCCUGACUGCAAACGUCUACGUGACUCAUCUGCAUGCAGAGUACUGCAGAGACAAGGACUCCUACCUACCUCACCGCGUGGUUCAGGCCUGGGAGCUGCAGCAGUUCGUUCGCCACACCUCUGUUGGAGCAGACGUGGUGAUUCUAGGUGGCGACCUCAACAUGCACCCUCAGGACCUCGGCAACAGACUACUGAUGUCUUACACUGGACUCCGAGACUCUUAUUUAGAGUCUGCUAAAUUUGACGGAUGUGAGAAUGGUAUGACUCUCAUAGCUGACAACCCUUUUAUCGAUAAAAAGGAGCUCGCUCCCUUUGAGAAAGGAAUUCGAAUCGACUACAUCCUGUUCAAGGGAUCUUCCAAAACGGACGUUUAUUGUGAUUUCAUGUCGACCACCAAAGGCGCCGUCCACGACCAUCCGUUCCCGUACUCGGACCACGAGGCUCUGACUUCUGUGUUGAGACUUGAGACCCAAACUCCAACUGAGACCGAGUGUGACGGGCAAAGAGCAUCAAAGGAGCAGGACUCUGCUGCAGGCAAGGUGGCUGAGUUGGUGGACAUUGUGACCGAGGCGCGUACUGAAGUCAAAGUGGGCUUGCACUGCGCUGAGAGGAUGCGCUACACGGCGUCACGUACCGGAGUGAUGGGGCUGGCUCUGCUGUUUCUGGAGCUGGCCAUCGCCGCUGUGCCCUGGUUGGCCCUGGGAGCAGAGCAACCUUUCCCUCGUACCUCCUUCUACCUGCUGGCUGCGCUGUGCUUCGCCAUCCUGAUCACCACCGCUCUGCUGUACGUCUUCUACACCAUGGAGCUGAAAUCUCUUCAGGGGGCUGAAGACCAGAUGAGGCUGGCUGUAGGAAGUCUGCAAGAGAAGCUCCGGGGUUUCCCGCUGGCUCAGCCCCACAACGCCCAUCUGAGACCCCCAGUGGGUCCCGAGCCCGGCGUCUUUAACCCCGAGGAGUAGAACGGGAGCAGACCGGCUCAACUGAAAGAAGCACCUUGAUGUGAGCUUCACAUCAAGGUACUUGAGGAGGUUUUAUCCUGUGAAUGUGUUGUAUGCUCUUGAGAUUUAGAUUUUCACUGCUGAAUGAGUUUCCAAAGAACGUUUCUGAAAGUAGUGCAGGACACACGCUUUGAUCUUCUUUUUUUGUACUUUUUAUAUACUCGUCUUCAGCCUGUUAUGCCCGUAGAUUACCCUCAAUGCACCGCUCCCUGUUGCAUAGCAUAACACGUCUGUGCUACUGCUGUUCCUAAAGGUCGUCAAGGGGACCGUCUGGGUUUCUUAAGCCUCUAGUCAGACCUGCAUUCCACCCUCCGGUAGUUUCAGCGGGACCAGUUGUUUCUGUUUCUUUUUAUUUUCAUGCUUCCCUUUCGUGAUUCGGACAGAAUUGUCGUGGGUCCAGACUGUUUGCAGAUUUUACCUUUUCAACCUUUUUAUAGACGCCCUGUGGUCUCCACAGAACUGAAGAAACAGACACUCCGAAUGUUGAAGAUUUACUUCUUUUUUUUGACAGUAACAUUUUUUUUUUCUCUGCAGGAUUGUGGAGAGCUUCCAGUGGCACUUAAAAAACAUGAUCCUAUGCACCAGUUCAAACUUACCAUUGUCGUAUUGAAGGGAAAAGGGGAUGAACUUUAUCGGCAUGUCUCGUUCACUUGUCCUGCACUACGAAGUGUCUUUAUGUAUCAUCAUGUUAUCACAUGAUGAUUUCUGUGCAGUAGAAAAUGUGCAGUGCACUCCGUCGACUAACCCGAUAAAACACAUCUUUUCAUGUAGGAUAGGCAAUUACUUAAUGAUUUUAAAAAGGCUGUAAAACAGUAUUAUGACUCACCAGAAGCCUAACAAUGACUGAUCAUUUUUAAACCUUAUUAUUUCACCUCGAUGUUUGAAAGGCACUCGUUAGUUCUUAAUUUAGUAACUGAUGUAGAAUUUAAAAAAACACUUGAUGUUCAUUCCAACUGAAAAUUGUGAUGGGCAUGAUUAUGAAAGCAAUAAUAAAGACUUUAUACUCUC